GCGACCGGCCCCGCGCGUCCCCCCCACCCCGGCGCCCGGACCCGGCCCGGCCCGCCGCGUCCCGCCGCGCCGCCACCAUGAGCUCCACGCAGUUCAACAAGGGGCCCUCGUACGGGCUGUCGGCCGAGGUCAAGAACCGGCUGCUGUCCAAAUAUGACCCCCAGAAGGAGGCAGAGCUCCGCGGCUGGAUCGAGGGGCUCACAGGCCUGUCUAUCGGGCCUGACUUCCAGAAGGGUCUGAAAGAUGGAGUCAUCCUGUGCACACUCAUGAAUAAGCUGCAACCAGGCUCGGUCCCCAAGAUCAACCGCUCCAUGCAGAACUGGCACCAGCUGGAAAACCUGUCCACCUUCAUCAAGGCCAUGGUCAGCUACGGCAUGAACCCCGUGGACCUGUUUGAGGCCAACGACCUGUUUGAGAGCGGGAACAUGACGCAAGUGCAGGUGUCUCUUCUUGCCCUGGCCGGAAAGGCCAAGACAAAGGGGCUCCAGAGCGGCGUGGACAUUGGUGUCAAGUACUCAGAGAAGCAGGAGCGCAACUUUGACCAUGCCACCAUGAAGGCAGGCCAGUGCGUCAUCGGGCUCCAGAUGGGCACCAACAAGUGCGCCAGUCAGUCGGGCAUGACGGCCUACGGCACAAGAAGGCAUCUGUACGACCCCAAGAACCACAUCCUGCCCCCCAUGGACCACUCGACCAUCAGUCUCCAGAUGGGCACCAACAAGUGUGCCAGCCAGGUGGGCAUGACGGCUCCGGGGACCCGGCGGCAUAUCUACGACACCAAGCUGGGGACCGACAAGUGUGACAACUCCUCCGUGUCCCUGCAGAUGGGCCACGCGAAGGGUGCCAACCAGAGCGGCCAGGUCUUUGGCUUGGGGCGCCAGAUCUGUGACCCCAAGUACUGCCCUCAAGGCCCCGCGGCCGAUGGGGCUUCGGCGGCUGCGGGCGACUGCCCGGGCUCAGGGGAGGCCCCGGAGUACGCCCCCUACCACCCCCAGGAGGAGGCUGGUUACUGAGGCACCCGAGCGUGCGUGUG